GUCACAUCCUGAUAGAAUAAGGAACUGUGUAACUGAUGUGUGCUUGUGCAGUAGUCUUCAUUGUACUUAGUUUGGUCGCAAGCUAGUAGCAGUUGUACAUCAGCUGGAUAAACCUGAAUUAAAAAUGUUGAAGAGAAAACCAUCUAAUGUGUCUGAUAAGGAGAAAAGUCAAAAGCCAAAGCGCACAAGCAGCUUUGGAAGCUUUGACCGUUUCAGGCAUCACUCAGUAUCAAAGACAGAUGAUUCAGCUGAGGUGUCUGAGCUGGAGUCCAUAAGUGACAUUGGAGAUGCAGCACAAACUAAAGCAGCAAAUAAUGGAGGAAGUUUGGGUAAGAAGAUGAGAGCCAUUUCUCUUACCAUGAAGAAAAAGAUGGGUAAAAAGUACAUCAAGGCACUCUCUGAGGAGAUGAAUGAAGAAGGAAAAGAUGACAGUGAUCCUGGUGGUGGAAUACACACUGAGAAGGUCUCCCUAAAAGCCAGUGACUCUAUGGAAAGCCUCUAUAGUCUGAACAGUGGCCAGAGCUCAUCUAGUGGGGUGACCAGCUGCUCAGAUGGAACAAGCAACAGGGACAGUCUCCGCUUUGAUGAUGAAGUCCCUUACAGUGGGCCCUUCUGUGGUCGAGCCAAAGUUCACACCGACUUCACACCAAGUCCUUAUGACACUGACUCUCUGAAAAUCAAGAAAGGAGACAUUAUAGAUAUCAUCUGUAAAACCCCCAUGGGCAUAUGGACAGGCAUGCUGAACAACAAAGUAGGAAACUUCAAGUUCAUUUACGUGGAUAUUAUCUUGGAAGAGGAAGCUGCAUCCAGAAAGAUAAAGCCACACAGAGGAAGCAAAAGGACCAAGUUUAAAACAUUGCAAGAGCUCCUGGAUUGUGUUCAUUUGCAGGAAUAUGCCUCAACCCUCUUGCUAAAUGGCUAUGAAACUCUAGAGGACUUAAAGGAUCUACAGGAGAGCCACCUGAUUGAAUUAAAUAUUUCAAACCCAGAAGACAGGGCAAGAUUGUUAUCAGCAAUUGAAAAUCUACAGGACUAUGACA